CCAAAACCGUCUUACUAUGUUUACCUUCACAUCAUUUCAUCAAAUUCUUGAUUUUUUAACAGCCCUCAAGCAAUUUCCAAGGAUCCUUUCUGAGGUGGAAACAAUAUCUUGGUAAUCAUCCACGAAACAAGUUAUUUGCAAUUCAUACACACCAGCUGGCAAGCCAAUCCCUACAAACAAAAGCGUCAGAGUUGCUGAAAUUUUCAGUAACCCAAAGGUUAGCAAAUAAUUUACAUGGUAGGAUAUCCAAAAACAUGAGUUUUCUAUCAUGGAUUAGUAAGUUUUGAAAUGGACGAGUUCAUGACUGUUAGAUAAAUGUUCACAUAAGGUAUGGUAUUUAGCAAGAAAACACACUACUGCAGACAAAUGUUCAACAGACAUUGGGUUAGCCUGUUGGAGGAUAUGCAGGUUCCGGGGGCCUCAUGACUGUGGUGUUGGGGCUGAUAAGUCAUUCGAAGACACACCCGAUGCUGACUUCAAAGCUUGCUUAUAUACCGGUAUCAAUAUUAGUUUCACCAAUGGAGAGGUGAUGCCGGGCCAGGGUGACUGGAAUGGUGCAGGAUGCCACGCUAACUACGGGUAUGAGAGAAGAGGGAGGCUUCGAAGUGAUAAAGAAGGCAAUUCUGAAUCUCCCACUUCGCCAUAAGGAGCCCGUUAGCACCUAUGGAGAAGGAAAUGAGAGAAGGUUGGCAAGAAAGCAUAAAACAGCUAACGUCGACAAAUUUUCUUGGGGAGUUGCCAAUCGUGGUUGCUCAAUCCGUGGGGGACGUGACACUGAGAAGCAUGGAGAAGGUUACUUUGAAGACAGGCGUCCCGCCUCAAACAUGGACCCAUACAUCGGGACCUCAUUACUUGCUGAAACUACAAUUUUAUGGGAGCCCACCCUAGAGGCUGAAGUUCUUGCUGCUCAGAAGCUAGCAUUGAAGGUCUAAAAUUUGAGCUGCUGGUUAAGAAAGACCAAAUGCAUUUAUCAAAUCGGUGAGGACCUACAAGCCGAGAGAGCGUGAACUCUUUUUCCUCCAGAUUUAGGUCAUUGAGAGGAGAACCUCGUGUUAAUAAAGCAUCCCAGAGGAAGAGAAAAUUAGGUGUCCAAGCUUAGACUUGGUCUCUCUUACAUUGGUUUCAUCCUGCAUUCGCAAGGAGUCUCGGUGUUUCGGGCAUUUGAGUUCACCAUUACCCUUUAGCGUCAUGAGCAUCUUUAUGUGUUUGAACCGUCAGUUACUUCGACAUUUCAAAACAAUUCAGGCAUAUUUU